AUAAAAGAGAGAAUACUAAUGGCUUGCGAAGUUUGCAAAGAGCGUUCUUUGCAGGAGACCCCAACAUGGGUGGUAGCACUAGUCUGCCUUGUGAUUCUUGUCAUAUCUAUCUCCAUCGAGCAUCUCAUUCACUACAUUGGAUCGUGGCUGAAAAAACUACAAAAGCAAUCACUUUACGAUGCCCUUGAAAAAAUCAAAGCAGAGCUUAUGCUGUUAGGUUUUAUAUCCCUUCUCCUAACUAUUGCGCAAGAGUACAUUUCUGACUUAUGUAUCCCCAAGAAGGUGGGCUACUCUUGGCUUCCCUGCGGUCCACACGAUAAAAAUUGGAAAAAAACGUUCUACGAAGGCACGUGUAAAAAGGGUAAAGUCCAGUUUGCGACUGCAUACGCUAUCCACCAACUCCAUGUGUUCAUCUUUGUGCUGGCCCUCUUUCAUGUCAUCUAUUGUGUUACAACGUUGGCCUUGGGGACGCUCAAGAUGAGAACGUGGAGGGCCUGGGAGGACGAGGCAAAGACGACUGAGUACCAGGACAGUCACGAUCCGCAGAGGAUAAGGUACGCAAAGGACAUGUCGUUUGUUCGAAGGCAUUUGAACUGCGGGAGUGACUCCACGGUUUCACUUUGGAUAGUAUCUUUCUUCCGACAAUUCUUCAAUUCCGUCACUAAAGUUGAUUACCAGGCACUGAGAGAAGGCUUUAUCACCUAUUAUUUCUUCUCGCCAACAACCAUGGUAGUUACUCCCCUCAGACAAUCACAAGUGCUCCUUGUGGUGGGUACAAAGCUACAAGUGAUCAUAACAAGGAUGGCUUUGAGGAUUAAGGACAGGGGGCAUGUGGGUCUGGGAAAACCGUUGGUUGGAGUUGGGGAUGACCUCUUCUGGUUCAACCGCCCUCGUCUUCUUCUCUUUCUCAUCCACUUUGUUCUUUUCACGAAUGCCUUUCAAAUAGCCUUCUUUAUGUUUACUUUGUAUAAAUUUAAGCCCUCCAAUUGCUUCCAUAAGCGCCUCACCAUCCGGCUUUCCACGGGCGUCGUCGUACAGGUUUUAUGCAGCUAUGUGACGCUCCCACUCUAUGCCUUGGUCACUCAGAUGGGAUCUACCAUGAGGCCAAUAGUGUUCGGCGAUACAGUCGCCUCGGCCAUCAAAAGCUGGCACCACUCUGCCAGGAAGAAAACGAGACACGGCAGCCAUCAACCCACCCCUUUCUGCAGUCGGUCCCCCACUCCCCUCGGCGGCACCUCCCCCGUCCACAUUCUCCAAGGCUUUGGCGGCGGUGCUGAUGAUGCCAACCACCUCGACCCCGAAUGGGCCCAAUCGUCACGGCAACAGAACACGGACAACGAUCAAGAAGAACUUGAAAUAACAGAAGAAGGACCAAUAAGCUCCGCACAGCUUACUCCGCCACCAGCCGCUGCCACCGGCGAUCAUCAAUAA